AUGGACACCUCGCGGCGGGCCGUCACGCAAGGGCGCGGCGGCAACUUGAAGUUCUCCGCGGCGGGGCUUCUCCCCCUGCUCGUCCUUGCAUUGUUGCUCCAAGAGCCCUCCGCGUCCGCCCGCCACUGGUUGUGGAACGACGCCCUCUUCCCCGGCUCCGCCACAGGCGAAACGAAACCCUCCGCCGCGCUCCAAGCCGCGGAGUCCGACGGAGCGGCGGCGGGGGCUGCCGCUUCGCCAGCCCCGGCGGCUCCCGCACCGGCGGCGCCCGCGCCGGCGCCUGCUCCUGCGGAAACGUGCGACGACGCCCCUCUGGACCCUUUCGUUGCGUCCGGAGCCGCGCCCGACCCGUGCGCUGCGCUGGCGGCGGAGCUGAAGUGCAGUGCGGGAGAACUGGGGAACAAGACUGGAGGGGCAGGAUUCGCGGCUCCUUCUCUCUUCCGCGCGUGCCACUCUACGUUCCUGUUCAGGCAGAAGUGCGACGGGGCGGACCUUCAGUCGAUCGCAAAUGCGUUUGACAAUCACUACGUGUACAAGCACAUCGCCGUUGACUCGCCAGACCAGACCAACCUGCCGAGCAGCAUCGAUGUUGUCGCGGAGCUGCGGAAGAUCGUCGCGGACGGCGAGAAGGGGAAGUACUCUCGGCUGGUGGACGCGCACAUGGCGGCGUACAGAACGACCUUGGCGCUCAACGAUGGGCACAACAUAUUCGUCCCGCUUUGCUUCCUCAAGAGCAGUUACAACUUGCCGUUGCCGCUCGUGGCUGUCGUCGAAAACGGACAGCAGAUCAUUCGCGUUGCGCCACGCCGAUAUGUCACUCCCAAGGGGAUGCGAAAUAUUGCUAAGGUUCUGCACAAUUUUGACUUCGACAUUUACGAGGGCCGACAGGUGGUGGCUAUUAACGGGGAUAAGGCGGAAGAGUUCAUCCUGAAUUGGGCAGACAAGGAGAUGGGCACGUUUCACAAUCUUGCUGCGCGAUUCACGAGAUCUUUUGCGAGGAAUGAAGCGCAAGGAACGGUGGAAGGGACCAACAUCGUCCAGGUGUACCUGGUGGGAGGCAGCACGGCAGUGGUCUGGAUUCACCAGUUCCUUCCCAGCGACGUGCGGGGCAACGGUGGCGGGUAUGGUGAAGCAGCAUACACAGCCACCCGCUUGCUCAUGGGGGCAGCCAAGGUCCCGGACUCGGAAUUCUCCCUGCCCGUGGAUUUCGUCAUCGGCACCCUGUACACCGAGAAUGCUGUCAAUGCGCUCUCCAUUGACCCUGAUACGCCGUAUUUCUAUGGAGGAUACUCCGACCUCAACGGAACAAAACUCUCGAGCGGGUUUGACUACGCUCCUUUCCGCGAGCUCCGCUUCACAGAGGCCGGCCCUGCUGGGAACUACUCGGCGCUGUUAAAGUUGAGCAAAAAAUUCAAGGGGAAGGAGGAGCAGCCGGUGUUUGGCGAACGCCCCUUCCUGGUCCUCUCGGACGGAAACUGCUUCUCUGCCUGCGCCGUCUUCACACACGUCCUGGGAAAACGCCACAAAGUGCCCAUGGUGAUGUCACCAGGCCUCAGCAAGCUUGCUGCCUUGAUGCCACAGAAUGCGUCGCUACCUCUCAAGGUGAAAGGGUCGGUUGGCAUGGCUUUUACCAGUGCAUAUGUGGAUUCGGAGAUUCCGUGCAAGUUUGAGUUUCUGCCCAGCCAGCAUCACAUCAACUACACCGUUGAUCUCAUUGACAAGCCAUGGGCCAUUUGGAGUGAGGUGGCCAAGCUCUUUGCCUCCGCUGCAUCUAGUUCAUCCCCUUCCGACGUGUAG